UCAUAACCUUAAAAUCCUCAUAGAGAUCUGAGUAGCAAGGGGCCCACUUCUACCUUCCCUGAUAUCCACGUUUCUUUCGUUUUUCAACUAUCCCUCACUUACUACUAAAUCUCCUCUCCCAAGAAAGGAUCAGCACCACCACCCUCCGCCAUGAAACCCACCAUCCCCGCCUUCACCACCACCGUGGACAUCCUCAAAGGACCAUACGUUAUCAAAAUAACAUCCAUUUCGCUUCUCUCCUUCUCCAUAAUCGCUCUCUUUUACCACCUCCCCUCCAUUCCUUCUCUCGUUUCCGCCAUUUCCUCCAGCGCCACCGUCGCCGCUUCAUCGCCCAUUUCACCGCCAACCACCACAUCCCCAAAGCCGCGUCAGCCGCCACCGUGGGUGAAGGUGUCUCAAAGGAUGGGGAUAUUGGAUGAGAAUGGUGCAAUGACUGUUGACUUUGAGAUUGGAGAGAUAAAUGAAAGCCUAAUGGAAGAGUUCAAGAAUUUGUACGGUGGAGAUGAGGAAAACAAGAAAGAAGAGAGUGAAAAUGUUAGUGUUAGUACUGUUACGUAUGAGAAGUUUAAGGUUUGUGAAGAGAGUAAGAGUGAGUAUAUACCUUGUUUGGAUAAUGUGGAAGAGAUUACAAAGUUGAAUCUGAGUAAUAAUAAUAGUUCACAAAUAUUUGAAAGGCACUGUCCUGAAGAUGGCAAUGGAUUGGAUUGCUUGAUUCCUAUCCCCACAGGCUACCAGAGACCUAUUCCUUGGCCCAAUAGUAGAGAUGAGGUGUGGUUCAGUAAUGUGCCUCACACACGUUUGGUGGAGGACAAGAGUGGUCAGAAUUGGAUUACACUGAAAGAGGAUAAGUUCAUUUUUCCAGGUGGUGGAACUCAAUUUAUACGUGGGGCUGAUCAGUACUUGGACCAAAUUUCACAGAUGGUUUCCGAUAUUGCAUUUGGCGAAAAUAUUCGUGUUGCUUUAGACAUCGGUUGUGGUGUAGCGAGUUUUGGAGCGUUUUUGUUGCAGAGAAACGUGACUACUCUAUCGAUAGCACCAAAAGAUGUUCAUGAGAAUCAAAUUCAAUUUGCAUUGGAGCGUGGAGUUCCUGCGAUGAUAGCAGUUUUUGCUUCUCGUCGGUUGAUGUAUCCGAGCCAAGCUUUUGACUUGAUACAUUGUUCAAGAUGUAGAGUUGAUUGGACUAGUAAUGAUGGAAUUUUGCUUCUUGAAGCAAACAGAAUGCUAAGAGCAGGAGGAUAUUUUGUCUGGGCAGCACAACCUGUUUAUAAACAUGAAGACAAUCGCCAAGAACAAUGGAGAGAAAUGCAGAAACUUACCAGCAGCAUGUGUUGGAAAUUUGUGAAAAAAGAAGGAUAUAUUGCCAUAUGGCAGAAGCCUUUAAACAACAGCUGCUACCUUAAUCGUGAAGCUAGAUCAACACCUCCGUUAUGCGAAGCCAACGACGAUCCGGACAAUGUUUGGUAUGUGAGAAUGAAGGGAUGCAUAACAAAACUGCCUAAAGAUGGUUAUGGAGGCAAUGUUACGACAUGGCCGGCGCGCCUCCAUCAUCCGCCAGAUAGACUGCAGAGCAUUAGAAUGGAUGCAUCAAUAUCUAGAAAGGAAAUAUUCAGAGCAGAGUCAAAAUAUUGGAAUGAUAUAAUAGAAAGUUACGUCAGAGCUUUCCAUUGGAAAGAGAAGAAUUUCAGAAAUGUGUUGGAUAUGAGAGCUGGAUUGGGAGGAUUUGCAGCAGCAAUGCAUGACCUUGAGGUUGAUUGUUGGGUUAUGAAUGUAGUUCCUGUUAAUGAGUUCAACACUUUGCCUGUCAUAUACGACCGUGGCCUUAUAGGAGUAAUGCAUGACUGGUGCGAGCCAUUCGAUACGUACCCCAGAACGUAUGAUUUACUACAUGCAGCAAGGUUGUUCUCUGUGGAGCAGAAAAGGCAAAAAUGCAAUAUGUCUACUAUAAUGCUGGAGAUGGAUAGGAUACUGAGACCAGGAGGGACUGUGUAUAUACGGGACAUUGUAUCUGUUAUGGGUGAACUUGAAGAGAUAGCAAACGCGAUGGGUUGGGUGUCGGCUGUUCAUGACACAUCGGAAGGUCCUCAUGCCAGUUGGAGGAUUCUCAUCUGCGAAAAACGUAUGCCGUGAGCAGAAAUUAUUUACUCAUGUAAUCAUUUUUGUAUAUUAGUCACCGAUACUUCAGAAAACAGAGUGAAGAGCAUAGUAUUAUUUAACGUUUGAAUGUUAGGAUUGAGGGUAUUAGACUUUUAAAAGAAUGAAAGUCUCAUACUUCUGGAUAAGUUGUAUGGAAUCUUGCCGAAUCAUACUUUUCAACAUUUCUCAAACAAAAAAACUUUGUAUCUGUAACCUAUUCUUGUAAGAAAUUCCUUUUGUCA